AUGUAUGCAAGGAAAAUGAGAAUAUUAGACAGAGCAACAUUUCAAGAUGAUAGUUCAUUUGUUGUAUUCUCUAUUAUUGAAUGUGAUAAAAGCGAAGACCAUAACAUUGAGAAUAUUUAUCCUUGCAAAAGCAAAGUUAUUGAACUCAUUUCUAGAACUAAACCAGAGUUAUAUAGACAUUUGAAGGAUAACGGUGAUGUCAAAGAUAUGGAUUAUGUAUCAAUGAGCUUAGCUGAAUUUGAAGCAGGACCUGAAGAAGCUGAAAAAAGGAAAAAGCUUGCAGAAGCUGAAAAGCAGAGAAUGGAAAGAGAAAAAAUCAAGACCUUGAUGAUGAUGACAAAUAUUCAACUGAUCACAUCAGAAUGGUGUAUAGAAGUGUUCUAA